AUGACCGUCCACGUGAUGACCUGGAGAUGGAGUUGGAAACACUGCUCGAGCAGGAGGAUGAAGACGACACGGGCUGUGCUGUGGAGAGCCCCACCGCCGUGCCCAGUGGCGACGCCACAGCCAUACCACCUGGGCUACAGAGUGAGGAACAAGAUGUCCAGAUGUCCACGGAGACCCACUCUUCCGCCAAUUCCCUCGCAGCAGACGAUCAGGAGACCCAGGUGUUGGCGAAGGCCUCCACACCCGCCCAGUGCUGCCGCUCCGGCCGCGACCUGCAGAGUGCCGGAUCCAGACGACCGGAUGUCAGUGGAGGCCCCUUCCUCCGCCAAUACCCUCGCAGUAGACGAUCAGGAGACCCAGGUGUGGACGGAGGCCUCGGUGCCUCCGCACCCGCCCAGUGCUGCCGCUCCAGCCGCGACCCCCAACAUGCCGGAUCCGGACGUCGGGAUGUCACUGGAGGCCCCUUCCUCCGCCAAGACCCUCACAGAGGACACCCAGCAGCAUGCGGAUGCCUCUUCCGUGCCUCCGCACCCGCCCGGUGCUGCCGCGCCAGCCGCGACCCCGGGAGUGCCGGAUCAAACUGUCCCACCGUGCCCGGAAAUUGGCGACGACCCGGCCAGGACCCUUGGAGUCCAGCCUCAAGAUGUCCAGAUGUCAACGAAGGUGGCGGGUCCUGCCGGAACUACAGGAACAUCACAGGACAUAGCAUCCCUCAUCAGCAGUAUCAUGAAGGGGAAGGCCAAGGACGCUCAGCCCCAGGAAGAGUCCUCCGCACGGCAGGAAGACCCGCCCGACUCACACAUUCAUGAGACAGAGCCACCACCGGGCCCGUUGCGGAGUUCGUCUGGGCAUACACCAGCUAUGCCAUAUGAUGUGUGGAGAAGGGCCGUCAGUGCAGGAGAACCUGCACGGUUCAAGGUCUUUUACGACCAUGCCAGCGAGGAGUACUUCCGGUGGCUACAUACAGAGAUUGGGCACAGCCUGCAGAUGGCCACGGGGGACGAUCUCGCUCAGUUCCAGGAAGAAUGGCAAGAAACCUGCGAGGCAGACGAGGAGGUCGCUGAGGAUAUAUGGGCCUUCUUUUGCGUCCGGCCCAUCGAAAAGCUCCGGCUUCUACGCGAACACCUCCAGGAACGAGACGAGCAGAUGGACUCGGACGACCCCAAGUACCGCGUGGACUUGCCCGAGCUGCCGGACAAGUUAAAGCAUCUUGCAGAGCGGCUGCCCACGUUGCCUGGGAGUUUGCGUGAGGUUAGCUCCACCGAGCCAAGCGCCAAGAUUGGCAGCAGCAGCGAUCUCUCUCGGAUGCCGUCGCACCAGGCCCCGACGUCGGAUGAUGGACAUGAAGUCAACGACGACGCCGACAUGCCACCUGUUGUGGAUGCGACACCCGAUCAAUGGGACGCUUACAUCAGGAAGCAGAUGGAUGCCUACCCGUGUGAUGACCUGCUAAGGUUUGAGCUCUGCUUCGAGCACGCGGUUCUUGCGCUCCAGAAGGUGUUCAGACUGCCAGAGGCUGCACCCCUCGAGGAUCCGCGCGAGCGAGUGGCCAGUGUGACCACAUUCCACGGGUCCAAAGCCACCAACCUUGACCUAUGCUUGGCAGCAAUCACGUCGCGUGGCUACGCGGUGGAGACAUUCUUGAUAGAUGCCAAGACAUAUGGGUUGCCACAGAACAGACGCCGGAUCUACAUCCUCUGCUGGAACACGAGCAACCCGAGUAUGGCCGGGAGCCCUAAGAAGUUCUUCGACGAUGUGAAGGUGAUGAUGGCAGCGAUGCGAUUCGAUCCACCGCCAGUUGCGAUAACCUUGGACUACUCACACUACGCUCAGGAUCGGUUCUUAUUGUCAGACGAUGACGAUGCCGUGAUGGGUGAGCUGGAGGACCUCGAAAAGGAGAGAGCAGAUCAGGCAGACCGCGCCGAAUCCUCGACAACGUCCUGGCAGAGCCUACACAUGUCGGUGGCAGAGAAACGCGGGAUCUCGUGGCCCCUGAAGGUGCAUCCGGACCUCAGCGGUUCGCGGUGGUUCGCUCUCCUGAACCCGCGCGUGCAGGUCGUCGCUUUUGCCGAUGACGAACGCAUCCGGCUGCACAAGCCCAUCGAGUUCGUCGAUGCCUACCACGGCGCGAACCGCUAUAGCACGGGGCUUGCUGGCGCCGUUCCAAUCGUUCUGCCGCGGACGAUUGGAUGGUCAUUUCGGCGACAAAGAAAGCUCCUAGGGGUGGAACUGCUGAGAUUACAAGGCAUGUCUUUCGGACGUUCCGUCUAUGAACAGUUCACCGAUGCGCAACUGUCGGACUUGGCGGGGAACGCGUGCCUUGUAUGA